AUGGAAACCAAAUCACCCGUAAAUACCAAUACGAACACAAAUACAAAUCUUCCCUCAACACAAACAGCACAUUCUGAUAUUCCAAUGGUGGUAGAGAAUUAUAAUCACAAUCAAAUUCCUCACACUAGCACUGGAACCGGUACCGGAACUGAAACUAGCAAUGAGAUAAACACAAGCCAUGCGGAAAUUAAUACUCAAUCCCCUCUUUCUCCUCCUUCGUACAACGCUCACGCCGAUCAGCAUUUGAGUGAGAAGAGGACUGUGGAGAGUAGUCAUCAUGGAAGUAAUGAAACUCCCCCGCAAUUUCAAAUCCAUCCGGAAGUAUCGAUGAAUACGAAUGCGAAUGGGGGUAGGAAUGUGGGAGAAAAAUAUGAAGGUCAACAUCCGGCGCCCCUCACGUCCCUACAGAAGGAAUCGAGAUUGGUGAGGUGUCCGAGGUGUGGGGUGUGUGAGUAUACGGGGGUGGAGUGGGUUAGUGGGGGGACUGCAGAUAUCUCAGCUCUCCUCUGCUGUCUCUGUUUCUGUCUCCCGUGCGUACCGUACCUCAUGACGAGCUUUAAGGAUGUACACCAUAAGUGUGCGAAUUGUGGAUUUUUGGUUGCGGUUUGGAAAAGAAGUGGAAAGACGGAGGUGAGUGUUGCGGCUAGUGCAGCUGCUGCUUCUGGGAAUGCGGGUGGUACGGGAGGGAAUUAA